CGCCCCGGUUGGGUCCCGGCUACCCGGGCCAGCCGAGUCCCCGCCGCACAGCCUGGUGCAGCGGCGCGCUCGGACCUCGCGUCUUCGUUCGGGAUGGCCGGCUACCUGCGGGCCGUGCACUCGCUCUGCAGAGCCCCCGGCUCGGCGCGGGCCUGGGCACCUGCCGUCCUGACUGUCCCCAGCUGGCCGGAGCAGCCACGGCGCCACUAUGCUGACAAGAGGAUCAAGGUGGAGAAGCCAGUGGUGGAGAUGGACGGUGAUGAGAUGACCCGCAUCAUCUGGCAGUUCAUCAAGGAGAAGCUCAUCCUGCCUCAUGUGGAUGUCCAGCUCAAGUAUUUUGACCUCGGCCUUCCACACCGAGACCAGACCAAUGACCAGGUCACCAUCGACUCUGCGCUGGCCACCCAGAAGUACAGCGUGGCUGUCAAGUGUGCCACAAUCACCCCUGACGAGGCUCGUGUGGAAGAGUUCAAGCUGAAGAAAAUGUGGAAAAGCCCUAAUGGAACGAUCCGGAACAUCCUUGGGGGAACCGUCUUCAGAGAACCGAUCAUCUGCAAAAACAUCCCCCGCCUUGUCCCUGGCUGGACCAAGCCCAUCACCAUUGGCAGGCACGCCCAUGGCGACCAGUACAAGGCCACAGACUUUGUGGUAGAUCGAGCUGGCGCGUUCAAGAUGGUCUUCACCCCAAAGGACGGCAGCGGUGCCCAGGAGUGGGAGGUGUACAACUUCCCUGCCGGUGGCGUGGGCAUGGGGAUGUACAACACCGACGAGUCCAUUUCGGGCUUUGCGCACAGCUGCUUCCAGUACUCUAUCCAGAAGAAGUGGCCGCUCUACUUGAGCACCAAGAACACCAUUCUGAAGGCCUAUGACGGGCGUUUCAAGGACAUCUUCCAGGAGAUCUUUGACAAGCACUAUAAGACUGACUUUGACAAGAAUAAGAUCUGGUACGAGCAUCGGCUCAUCGACGACAUGGUGGCCCAGGUGCUCAAGUCUUCAGGUGGCUUUGUGUGGGCCUGCAAGAACUAUGAUGGAGAUGUACAGUCCGACAUCCUGGCUCAAGGCUUUGGCUCCCUUGGCCUGAUGACAUCUGUGCUGGUCUGUCCUGAUGGGAAGACAAUUGAGGCUGAGGCUGCCCAUGGGACCGUCACCCGCCAUUACCGAGAGCACCAGAAGGGACGACCCACCAGUACGAACCCUAUCGCCAGCAUCUUUGCCUGGACACGGGGUCUAGAGCAUCGAGGGAAGCUAGAUGGGAACCAGGACCUCAUCAGGUUUGCACAGACUCUGGAGAAGGUGUGUGUAGAGACUGUGGAGAGUGGAGCUAUGACCAAGGACCUGGCUGGCUGCAUCCAUGGCCUCAGCAAUGUGAAGCUGAAUGAACAUUUCCUGAACACCACGGACUUCCUGGACACCAUUAAGAGCAACCUGGACCGAGCUCUGGGCAAGCAGUAGGGCAGACACUGCCUAACUGCAGUGGGUGUUCCAUACAUGGUAGAGGGUGAGCCUCACAGCCCUCUCUCUGGUGGCCUUUCUAGGGGACAUUUUUUUAUGAUGAAGAUUUUUUUUUUAAGUAUGUGAGCAGUUUCCCCUCAUGGUGCACACGAGGCAGGGACGGUGUGCUUUACCUCAGCCAGCCAGUGUGUUUUGCAUACUGUAAUUUAUAUUGCUCUGAAUCACAUGGUGCCAUAUUUAGCUACUAAAAGGCUCUUCGCAAAA